CGGAGGCGCCCGGCGCUGAGUGAGCCCCAACCCGGCGGGCGGGCGGGCGCGGGAGGCGUCGCCUUGCGCCCCGGCCGCACGGCCAUGCCCGGGCCCUAGCGCCUGCUGCAGCCCCGCAGCCCGCGCCCCGCAGCCUCUUCAAUGGGCAACCUGCUCGGCGGGGUCAGCUUCCGCGAGCCCACCACCGUGGAGGACUGUGACUCCACCUGGCAGACGGACUCGGAGCCGGAGUCCGAGCCCGAAGAGCCGGGGCCGGGUGGAGGCGGCGACGAGGGCCCGGAGCCCGAGCCGGAGCCGCCCGCACAGUCUCCGGAGCGAGCCGGCGGGCGGCCCCGCGCCAGCCCCGCGCGCGCCCAGGACGCCGAGCCGGCGGGCGCCGAGCAGGCUGGCGAUUCCACAGAAGGGACCGCCAAACCAAAGAGAAGUUUUUAUGCUGCGAGAGAUUUGUAUAAAUACCGACAUCAGUACCCACAGAACUUCAAAGAUAUCCGCUAUCAAAAUGACUUGAGCAAUCUUCGUUUUUAUAAGAAUAAAAUUCCAUUUAAACCAGAUGGUGUUUACAUUGAAGAAGUUCUAAGUAAGUGGAAAGGAGAUUAUGAUAAACUGGAGCGCAACCACACUUACAUUCAAUGGCUUUUCCCCCUGAGAGAACAAGGCUUGAACUUUUAUGCUAAAGAAUUAACUACAUAUGAAAUUGAGGAAUUCAAAAAAACAAAAGAAGCAAUUCGAAGAUUCCUUCUGGCUUACAAAAUGAUGUUAGAAUUUUUUGGCAUAAAAUUGAUUGAUAAAACUGGAAAUGUUGCUCGGGCUGUUAAUUGGCAGGAAAGAUUUCAACAUUUGAAUGAGUCCCAACAUAACUAUUUAAGAAUCACCCGUAUUCUUAAAAGCCUUGGUGAGCUUGGAUAUGAAAGUUUUAAAUCUCCUCUAGUAAAAUUUAUUCUUCAUGAGGCUCUUGUGGAAAAUACAAUUCCCAAUAUUAAACAAAGUGCUCUGGAGUAUUUUGUUUAUACAAUUAGAGACAGAAGAGAAAGAAGAAAGCUCCUGCGGUUUGCCCAGAAACAUUAUAUGCCUUCAGAGAAUUUUAUCUGGGGACCACCUAGAAAAGAACAAUCAGAGGGAAGCAAAGCCCAGAAAAUGCCUCCUCCUCUAGCCUCUAGUCAAAACAGUCAAAGUUCUAUGCACAAGAAAUCCAAGGACUCCAAAAAUUCCUCCACAGCUGUUCAUUUAAAUAGCAAGACAGUGGAAGAAAAAAAAGAGCCAGGGCUAGAAACAGACAGGCCCAGCCCAGAACCCAGCAACGAAGCUGCCAAGUCAGGACACACAGACAAGGACAGUAAUGCUGAAAAUUCACAUUCUCAGCCUGAGAAAAUAGCCACCAAUUCUGCAGAAUUAAAGGAAAAUGGAUCUCCUUCAGGAAAAGAUGAAGAAGGCGAAAGUCAUAUUCUAGACUGUGACAAUCCUACAGAUUCCAGUAGCCAGGAUGAGGUACUAGUACAGUGAAUCAUUAGAAAACCACAGACAGGCCCAUUUAAGUUAAGGGGAUAGAGAAAGCACUAUCUAAAAUUUAUUCUAAAGAACAGAGAGGAGGUCAUGUUUCAAAUAUUCACCUUCUGUUUGUGAUUUUUGUUGUAUUUUGUGUCUUUAUUUAAAUCUUGGAUGACAGAUUAAGAUACUUAAGAAGUUUUAAGACCAGAUCCAAUAAAAUGAAUGUAUUCUCUAAUGGU